AUGGAGAAGCAACUAGAGGACCUGAGGCAGCAGCUAGAUAAGCAAUGUCUGAUUAACCAGGAGCUGCAGAGGCAAAACAAAGAUAAACAUAUUUAUCUGGAUUCAUCCUCACAGAGCAACGACUCCAGGAGAAAGAAAAACUUUUGCAGGAGCUGCAGGGUGAUUAUCCUGAUCAUGCUAACCCAUCAUUUGUGUUCCCCCUGUUUGUCUGUUUCAGAUUUUCCCUCCCAGAGCAGUAAUGAACCGGAGGUCAGGACAAGUCGCGCGGCUGUCAUCGCUCCUGAACCAAUCCCUGAGACCCUGGAAAUUACAAGCACCAGGGUCAAGAAAACUGUCAGUGAGACGAGUCUGAUCGUCAAAGCCAUCCAGAAGAAUGACUUCCUGAGCCGCCUCGACGAAGAGCAAACAGCCAUGAUGGUGGAUCUCUUAGUGACGUCUGACUUCAGCCCCGGAGAUGAAGUCAUUAAAGAGGGCUUUGAAGGAGACAGCAUGUACAUAGUGGCAGCUGGUGAGCUCUGUGUCACCCAGGCAGGCCGGAACCUCCGAACCCUAACCAGAGGUGAUGUGUUUGGGGAGUUGGCCAUCCUGUACAACUGCAAACGGACAGCAACAGUCAAAGCGAAGACACUGGUGCGUCUGUGGUGUAUGGAGCGACAGACUUACAGGACCAUCAUAGCUAACAAGUCCAAGAAGAAACGGGAGCAGCUCAUGGGCUUCUUGAAGACCUCUCGUACUCUGAAGGACCUGAAUGAUGUCCAGUUGUCCAAAAUCAUUGACUCCAUGGAGGAGGUGAAGUACCAGGACAAAGAUGUUAUAGUUCGAGAAGGAUCAGAGGGAAACACAUUCUACAUCAUCCUCAAAGGAGAGGUCUUGGUGACAAAGAACGUGAAUGGACAACAGAAGCAGAUUCGUAGGAUGGGAAAAGGGGAACAUUUCGGGGAACAGGCCCUCAUACGCGAGGUCUUGAGAACUGCCACCUGCACUGCCGACGGCCCUGUUACCUGCUUCGCCAUUGACAAGGAGGUAUUUGAGGAGACAAUUCCCAUAGAGCAUCUGGAGCUUUUUGAUGACUCUAAAGUGCUGCAGGAGGCAAAGGCUCCAGAGGCUCCAAAGAUGAGCUCCACUCUGAGGUUUAAGGACCUGGUCCCUGCACUGUACCAGGAAGGUCGUUUUCAAGGAGACCCUGUCACCCUUGGAGUUGGAGGGUUUGGCCGUGUUGAGCUGAUGACCACAAUGAACCAUGGGAAAUAUUAUGCCAUGAAGCGAGUCAGCAAGAAGCACAUUGUUAUGAAGAGGCAGGAGGAGCACAUGCUGUUUGAGAAGAAGAUCCUUAAAUCCAUCCAGUGUGACUUCAUCGUCAGGCUUUAUGGAGCCUUCAAAGACACACGAUACAUCUACAUGGUCAUGGAGUUCUGUAUUGGUGGGGAGGUCUGGACCAAACUCAAAGAAGUAGGGCGUUUUGACGAGCCGAUUGCUACGUUCUGCACUGCCUGUGUGGUGGAGGCCUACGCCUACCUGCAUAAGAAGAACAUCAUGUACAGAGACCUGAAGCCUGAGAACCUGAUGAUGGAUGUGAGGGGCUACGUCAAACUGGUGGACUUUGGCUUUGCUAAAGAGAUGUUGCGUGGUGAGAAAACCUAUUCAUUUGUCGGUACUCCUGAGUACAUGGCCCCUGAGAUCAUCAAGAACCAGGGACAUGACUUUGCAGUCGACUUUUGGUCCCUUGGCAUCCUGAUCUUUGAGCUACUGGCAGGAAGCCCUCCCUUUUCAAGUUCAGAGCCAGGGAAGAUUUAUCCCAAGAUUUUGGAUGGGGUGUUCAAGUAUCCUCCUUACAUGAGUGAAGCAGCCAAGUCCAUCAUUAGUAAGCUGUGCAGACCUCGGCCAGGUCAGAGGUUAGGUAACACCAAGAAUGGAAUCAAAGAUGUCCGGCAUCAUAGGUGGUUCAGCAAUAUGAACUGGCACAAGCUGCGUAUGGGUCAGGUCGACCCUCCCACAGUCCGGCUCAUACGCAAGGGCCCCUGCUACAUCAACUUUGAUCGUUUCCCUCAUGACCAGACUAAGGCAGAUGAGGAAUUCUCUGGUUGGGACCGUGACUUCUAACUUCUUAGGUUUAAGGAUCAAAGGCCACAGGAGUUGCCAACGUCACCGGAAUAUGGAUCCAAACCAGAAUCAUUCUAGUGAGCUAGAAUUGGCUUUCUCAAAGCUUUGCUUAACCUCAAUUUGAUCCAAAACAGAGUUACAGCCAUUGGAUCCUGAGAAAUAAUAUGCUGUUUAGAACCAUGAUAGGGAGGUGAAUACACACCUUUGGUUUGCUGCAUUUAGACAUUAAAUUGGUGAAAAUAAGUCUUCAAAUGUCCAAUUUGUUUGAUCUCUUCAUUGAAACAAGACUAAAAGUCUACAGCCAUGCUAGC